UACGCUGGCACAGAGUUUCGCUGUCCUGAGUGUCGAACUCCUAUUGGAUGUGGAAUUGAAGAGUUACCAGCCAAUCUACUCUUGGUACGCCUAUUAGAAAGUAUCAAGAAAGUCUCUAAUGGAGCAUCGAGUUCUGGCCAGUUAUCACAGGAAGAGCUCCAAGAAUCCAGAAUCUCAAGUCAAAAUGUUAUCAGAAGUCAGGAGGAGCCUGGGUGGGGUUCCUUGUGCCAGGGCCCUCUUUGACUACGGCGGCAAUGACCCUCGACACCUGAAGUUCAAACCCGGAGACAUCAUUCUGCUAAAGAGGCAAGUGGAUGAUAACUGGUUCCAUGGAGAAGUUAAUGGUGCAAGUGGACUUAUUCCUGCUAGCUACGUGCAGAUAAUCACCAAGCUGCCUCAGCCACCACCUCUAUGCAGAGCUCUUUACACCUUUGAGAUGAAGGAAAAGGAAGACGUAGACAAACACUGCCUCAUGUUUGCAAAGGAUGACAUUAUAACAGUGAUAAGACGUGUUGAUGAGAACUGGGCCGAAGGCAAGCUGGGGAAUAAAGUCGGAAUAUUUCCUCUACUCUUCACGGAGCCAAAUUCCACUGCGGCAAAGCUUCUGGGAAAGGGAAAAGCGCGCAGUCUGCCAGAGUCUCGGAGCGCAUUGAGGAAAUCCUCCCGCAGCGGGCUUUUUAACGGCGGCAAGAAGAGCUCAAGGCAGCCCUCCAUGACCAGCACUCUGAACCGGCUCAACCGACUUGCUCAGCCUCCUGGGAAUGAACGCCAAGCCGUGGACAUCAGCUCUCCGGUGCUGAUUAGCUCCAGCAAUCCGGCGGUCACGACGCAGUUCGGCGACUGGACUGGCGAGGGGCCUCCGGCCGCAUCGUGUCAGGUUUCUAGAGCCUCUUUUGGAAAAACCCAGUCUCUGGACUUCUCUUCCUCGUGUUCUCCACCUGCUAUGGCACAUCACGGCCUUUCCUGCCCAGUAGAAAAUGUCCCACUGAAAAAGCAGGUGUCCGUCAGUGUUUGUACUGUCUUGUACCCGUAUGUCCCCCAGCGGCCUGAAGAGCUGGAGCUUCAAAAAGGAGAGAUGAUUGGCAUUUAUGGGAAACACCAAGAGGGUUGGCUAAGGGGGCUAUCAUUACGUACAGGCAAAGGGGGAAUCCUGCCUGGAAAUUACGUCACUCCAGUCCUCAGAAGGUCUCCUUCUGUUGUGGAACCUUUGCCUGCUACACCACAGCUCGGAAAAAGAUCAUUAUCUGUCAGGCCACAAACCCCUAUAACCACACUGGACAGAACCCAUACAGAAGGGACGACAAGGCCUGCUGUGCACCCACUUUCUGUUAGCAUGUCAGCCCCCUUGACAACAACAGGGGUGGCAAGAGUGAUGACGCAGCAGUCAGGAACCCUAGGAAGAGUCCCCGUGAAGCACGGCUUUACUACCCUUCAAAAAGGGUCUUCUGUUUAUGCGAACACCACACUCCGUCCAGCUACAUCUGCUAUGAUGCGAGCCCAGCUUUCAGACCCCACCCUUACUGUGCCUCGUCCUUUAAAUGCUGCCUCAGCGCCUGUCACUACUCUAGUGUGGCAGAACUACCCGGGUAAUCUGACAAAGACGGGACUGAGAAAUCCUGGAAGAAUAUCCCCACCUAGUGGCAACAUGAUGCCAGUGGAGAAAAGAGAACCAGCUGGAAGUGAGCCUAUCGCCAAGUCACCUGUCACUCCUCAGUCUAUUCUUGUUAAGCCGGAUGCUACCAAAAAUUAUUUGGAAAAGCCCAUGAAGACAGUGCGCUUUCAGACCCACAGUACUCCUCAUGUAAAAAGAAACAAUUCAGAACCUUUACCACAUGGCCAUCAAAAGCCAUGGCUGGAGGACACCAACACCGGAAUUGGAGCGCAGGAAGUUCAUGGCUAUCAGGGGUCAGUGGUAUGCCACAGCAGAGCACGUUCUUUCCCUGUGGCCACUGACAGCAAGGUGGCUCGGCACAAGAAGACCAACUCCCUGGACCUUUCUGCUUCAGAUGAACAACUUCAGAUCCCUCAGAACUUCUCCACUAAGAAGCUUUUCACAGGAUUGCUCAUGCCUGGACGGUACAAGGCAGUCGCACCUCAUGGAGCUCAAAGUGAGAUGGAACUUGAUCUCAAGGAGGGAGAUGUGCUAUUAGUGAAGAAGUCCUGGCAGGAUGGCUGGCUGCAGGGGACCAACGAGCAGACUGGGAAAAGUGGCCUGUUCCCAUACAGCUGCCUGACGUGUUUGGAAAUGCAGAGCUGACCAACUAACUCUGUCAGGAAAAAAAUUCUGCCAAAAGAAGUGUAUUAUAUUUAUCUGAAGCACAGGUCAGGUCUUGAAAAAGCACUGAGGUUUUGCCUCGCCUUAGUAUGGCUGGUUACUUUUGAAGCAGGUUAGAGGCCACUGAGGCUCACUGACCAUUUUAUAAAGUAAGAUGGCCCUUUUUUGUAAUUAAUGGUCAUGUGAGCUUGUUUCUUUUCAGGUAUCCAAGUGAAAAAAACGCUAAGAAGUCAUAAAAGAUCCACUUUUCAUGUUUUGUUGCUUAGCCACAGAUUUUUUUCCCAGUUUUGACAGGGUUUUAUUCACAUUUAUGGCAAAUGCACUUUACUUUUGUAAUAUUGUAAAUAUAUAUUGAAGGUGCCUUGCACUGUAAUCAGGACGUGCUACUUUACUAUGUGCACAAUUCCCAAUUUCUUUUUUUGUGUUUUUACUUUUUAAAAUACCUUUUAUCUCGGUCCCAUACUCCUAUUCAUCACACAGGCAUAUUACAAGGCUUUUUCAAGAAAUUCAACUUCUUGCCACAUGCAUAAAUACAAGGGUUAUACCAAAAGUAAUGAGCAUAUUAAUUUUACAAUUCAUUAAAGAUUUAAACGGGAAAUGCCUACCUGUCAAUCAGAGCUACACACUUCAGUUUACUUCUUAACAAAGUCUCCAUCCCAAUUAAUACAUGGUUGCCACUGCCCUAGAAGAGUUAUGUAAUUUUUACUUUGUUACUCAUGGUAAAGGCAUGUGAGCACCAUGGGUCUGUAUUCCUGUCUUUAGGGUGCUUUACACAUAGACAUUGUUAGCGCCUAGGCAGGUGUAUCCACCUUAAACCCUGUGGAUUGGUGUCCCCAAAGUUUAGCUGUUACACGUUGUCGGAACAGCACAUUGUUGUAAGCCAUUCCCUGGAACUGAAGUGUGAAUAUUUAAGUAGGGCAGGUGAUGCCAUUUUUCAUUCAGGUGUAAUGACAUUAUGUGACAUCUAAUCAGGGUUGACAACUGCAGUCACUGAUCUUGUCGCUAGAUGGUGUCAGUUUACAUCACUGAAAAUCUCUAGGCGUGUAUAAUUUAGCAUCUGUGUUGUGACCUUCCAACCCCUUUCUCUGACAGCCAAUAGUGUGUCACCUGAUGAGGUCGGUGCUAUAGAAGGGGUUAACAGCUACAGUUCAGAUGCAAUCUCUGUCCUUUUGUCUUUCCUCCAUUCUGUCGUAGUAUGUAAAACAUGAGACAUUUGACAGAAGAGCUUCCCUUCUGUUUGUGAGGUCCAAAACACCCACUUUCCCUAUUACUCGUUGCUUCAUUAUGUGCAUUGUAGUUCCGGAUGAGCAUUCAUUGGCUGCCAACUGUCAUACGCGCAGAGCCCACCCAUACAACAAAAUCAAACACUUUGUCAGAGCAAGUCGAAGACUAGUUGGAAUGAGUGGCUGGGUAUGUCAGACAAGGCGACUAGAAGUUAUGUGAGCACACCACCAACUGCCUUCAACUCUCUUAAGAUUGUUAAAUGAAGACUACGACUAAAAAUCAUUGGAAAAGUUGUCUCAUGAGACAUGGCUGUUGCACAUCUUUCAGUAUUGUCGGGCACACUUUAUCAAUUCCCAUAUGCUCACUACUUUUGGUUUCACACUCAAAUUUUAGUAUUAAAUGUAAGCCUGCCAUCUGUCAUUUUUGUAAAUCUGCAGAAGUUUAUUACAUUCAAACUUAAAUGUGCUUUCUGUCAUAUACGUGAGCCAUAUUACUUCACACCCCAGUUUGUUAAUUUCUUCUUUAAUAUUUUUUUUACCUUGCAAAGAUAAUAGAUGUAUAUACUGGUCUAAAACUGCAAAUCUGUUUAAUACGUUGAAAUAGAGUGAAAGAAAAACAAUUUCUCUUUAUGCUAAACUUUCCUUAGGGUAACAUUUCCUGCAGAAGAUAAUUGGAUUAAACUCCAAAACUCCUGCCUUUAAAUAGCAUCUCCAUUAAGCACCCAUUGAGAUGCAUGCAAAUGAGAUGUGGCACUUUGUUCUAAAGGAAUCAAAAACUUUUCAAGGACAUAAAAGGCAAAAUGUAGAAAAUUACAAAGGGUUUAUGAAAACACAUUGAAAAUGAAGGCAAAAGAUCUUGUAAUGAGAAAAACGCAGAAGCCCAAAUAAAACGCUUGCUGACCACGGCAGCUACAGGACAACA